GUAUCUCAGGUGCCUAAGUAGCCCCUGGAAUCACAGAUAAUGUUGCCCCCUCUGGCCUGCCCAGUUCUGAAAUGGUGCCCCUGGUAGCUGUAGAUAAGGUGGACGGUGGGGGCUUUCCUCUCCCCAUCCCAACUUGGGGCCAUGGGGGUUGGGCCCCAUGUAAGGAGCUGUCGGGGGAGCAUGUGUGGGGAUGUUUGUUCCUUCUCUCUUCCAAGUUGGGUUCAUCAUCUCCAGGACGUGUUGGAGCCAAUCAGCAGUUUCCUAGAUGUGGGGGGUCAGUGCUCCUGUUCCUUGCAGGAAGGAGACAUAUGUUCCUGGCAGUGGAGUUUUACUUUCAAUUUCCCCAGUCAUGUGAUUUCUCUGAACUUGGAUGCAGCAUUAACCUUUUGAGUUUCACUUCUUGACCCCCAGCCCUUUCUAGCCAGUGUUCAGCUCACACAGUGUCUUCUCACUACACUUCAGCAACUGCCUUCCUAGGAAACAAAGCCGAGCUGCAGUAGCUGCUUCAUCCCAGAUACAGGGAACCGGAACAUCUGAAAGCUGCAAGGUAAUGAUGUACGAGUGACCCUUCUUACUCGACAGUUUAGCAUCUUAAAAUGUCAAGCUAUGUCAUUCAAGUUGCCAACAACAGUAAGGGAUGUGUCACCGUUGUUGUUAGUAUCAAUCCGGUAUUACGAUCCUUGGGUGAUUCUCUGGUUGUGACUGUCCCUGGCUAUGAGCUCCUCAAGUCAUUCUUCACUAAAGAUGAGCGGAGAGUUUCACCGGGGGAAACCUCAGUUGUAAACGAAGUUGGUAUCCGGAAAAUUUUCACCUAUGGAGUUGGGUUGACAGGAGCAGAAUGCUAUUACAUUACAGUGACCAGAGAGGAUGAUGAGUGGGUGGCUGUGUGUCAAACUCCUCUGCAUUGCACCUGGAUUGUGGAUGACGACAAAAUCUACCAGGAAGAUAAACCGUCGAUAUGCAAACCAUUUGGUUUUUCAGCUGAAAAAUCCAGCUACAUCAUUAAAGUUACCAACAAAACCGAGGAAGUCAUCAGUGCUGGAAUAGCAGAUCUUCAUGAACCACAAGUGAGCACUGGUCUAAUAGUAAUUUCAAGCCAUGUGAUAGACCCUUACUUCAAGUCAGGGGUUACAGUUUGUCCAGGAGAAACAAAAACUAUUCAGAAAGUGAUCCCCAGUAAUUUAUCCUCCUACAAAUCCAUCGCUAAUGAUAUGUCAACCUAUUCUAUAAAGGUGAUCAGGGAAAGGGAUAAACAGAUCGCUCAGUGUAACACCCCUUUGCAUUGCACCUGGAUCGUGGAGAGCCAUGGAAUGUGGCAAGAAAAUAAACCUACAGAAGUUUACAAAUUUCAAUAACAUGCUUUUCUCCUGCUGCUUGCUUAUAAAAAUAUGGAGAAGAUGACCCCAAUGAAUACGCCUUAUAAAUCCAUGGGGCUUCGCCAGUAUUUGCUUUAGGAGCCAACACAACAGUUGUAUGUGUCCUGGUGACUAAAUAUGUGAAUUAAUCAUUUGCAACAAAUAAUUUAUCUGACAAUUUUUUUCAAUUUUGAAUAAAUCACUUGCAAAUAAUUUCUUAGCAUAUAGCCAGUUCCACUGAGGCAAAUGUAUUCACCACUUUUUUGUGACAAUCGAAUAAACUCUCUAUGAAUAUA